AACCGCCAACAAUAUCAAAAGAAGAAGAAGAAGAAGAAGAAGAAGAAGAAGUCUUCCUGUUUUCCUUUAACUUGUCUGUGUUUACAGCACGAAAACAAUGCGGUUCCGUUUCUGUGGAGAUUUGGACUGCCCUGACUGGGUUCUUGCUGAAAUCAGCACGUUAGCAAAAAUUUCAAGCGUCAAGAUGAAACUCCUCUGUGCUCAAGUGUUGAAGGAUUUACUGGGAGACGGUAUUGAUUAUGACAAAGUUGCGAAGCUGACUGCGGAUGCAAAGUUUGACAGUGGAGACAUCAAAGCAAGCGUGGCUGUGCUCAGCUUUAUUUUGUCCAGCGCAGCGAAGCAUGAUGUCGACAGCGACUCUCUGACCAGUGAGCUGCAGCAGCUUGGGCUGCCGAAAGAACACACUACGGGGCUUUGCAAAUCCUAUGAAGACAAGCACGCUGCACUUCAGAACAAAUUAAGGGAAACCAGCUUGAGAUUAGGACGACUCGACUCUGUGUCCUGGCGUGUUGAUUACACUCUGAGCUCGAGUGACCUCCGAGAAGUGAAUGAACCGUUGAUCCAGCUGAAACUGCAGACGCAGGGUGAUGCGCCAGGCUCAUCUGAGACGACAGUUGUUUCCGUCUCUGCUGACAAAUUCAGAGUAUUGCUUUCUGAGCUUAAACAAGCCCAGGCUAUGAUGAAUGCACUGCAAUAAACACCGGAUAACAAAUAUUUAAUCAAGAACGGGACACAACUGAUGCUGAUAAACUGCCAACAGUGCCAAUAUUAUAUAAUCUUGUACAAAAUUAUCUAUUUGCUUAAAACUGGUAACAUAUAAUGUGAGGAGAAAGCCUCUUUUCCUGCUUGAUUGUAUUAAUAUUAAAGUAUUUUUCUACCAGAAUACUAAGAAUUGGUAGAAAUGUUUCUAGACAGAUUUGUCACUGAGCUAAAACACAUAAUGUAUGUUUUUUAAUUUUUAUUUUGCUGUAAAAUCUUAUCAUAUUACUUGAUACGUUUUGCUUAUAAUUUAUAAUUUUUGUUUUACUUUUAAACGGCUGUAAUAAAAUGUGAAAUUCUUUACUUCCA